AUGUUGCUCGCUGGGCCCCCUCCAGGAUCAAUAAUGAAAUGCGCCUUCAAGGGCAUCAGCUUUUAUAUUGGCCAAAUGGAAGUUGAAAAUCAGAUGGCACUACAGGCAGCAGAACAGUCAAAGCAGAUGCUGAAACAAAUGCAAGAGAAGUACGGGGUGCAUUUUUGCUCUCUCAAGCAAAACCAGGUGUUGCAAAAGGAGAAAGAGAACAUGGCAAAGGAUGUUUCGGAACUCCAGCAGAAAUAUGCAGAAAAGGCACGCCAGAAGCGAAAGCUUGAAGAGAUGUACGAGUCGCUGAGGGGUGAGUAUGAGUCCCUCAAGCAAGGAACGCCAGGCUCAGGACGACCUUCGACCGCUCGAGUUCGAGCGCAAGCUGCAUAUGUUCCUACACCUGACAGUAUGGAACUUGGGAGAAAGCGCCAGAACCAAGGUCCGUUUCACAUUCCUGGCCUCCCUGCACCUACACAUGGCCGUGGGGUUGAAAGUCCAGCAUCAGGUGGACGCCCGUUCAGCCGUCCUGAGCCUUCGUUUGAUGGGAAUGAUGCACAAGGGUUCUUCUCAACCCCCUCGAACCAAGGGAAUAAAGACAAUGCUUUGCGAAAUUUGCUUCUUUCUCCGGCACUCCAGAGGCCCCCAUCACGAAUGGGUGCACGUUUUGGGCAAAGGUGA